CAACAUUUCAGUGUUGUUUCUUUUUUAUAGGGCACUUGCGGCGCUUCGAGCAAGGCUCGCGUUCUCCCGGAGACACAGCCUACGCAACAGCGAGAGUGGCGGGGCAACGCAAGAAAUCAGCAAACCGAAGGUUGACUUUGUCGUCACUGUCGAGCGGCCAGCAGCUGUUGAGUCAAACAACGCCUUGAUGGUGACGAGGAUAUUGUGGUACAGUAGGCUGUCUCGCUUUUUCGGAUGCCUUUUCAUCAGCAAUCUAAGUGGAAAGACGUUGAAGAAAGCCACUGCAACGUGGAAGAGCCCGUACACCGUCUACGCUGCUUUUUGGUUUUCAAUGUUUCUGGGCUACCAGACCAUCGCCUUGGUAUCCACGUCGAAGUCCGUUGAUAAAGACAAAACAUUUCCCCGAUACUUGAGGUUUGUUUCCUACGCUGUCAGUGUGGCGAAGGUGUGCGUAAACUACAUGUGCUUUUGCCUGGGUUCGGAAGGCUUGCUCGAGUUCUUACGGAACGCGACGGCGUUCGAGAGGUCAACCUCGUUUUCACCCAAAGUCAAAAGGAGGCUCAACCUCGCCCGACGCGCGUUUAACGUAACCGUCAGGACUGUGCUCGUUGCAUCUUUCAUCGGUGCAUUUUGCAUUGCUGUCACGGAAGGUAUGAGAAAGCUCCCUUCAGCGCCCCUGCAUUGGCGUCUGGGGAUUGGAGCGGUGGUUCUUGGCAGCGAAGUAGCAUUCUUCAUGUACGAAUCUCUGGUACACGUCAUCACGACGCGUUGCUCGGAAGUACUGCAACGGUACCUCGAAUCCGAGUUGGCAAGGCUCGAGGCUAACUGCACGACAGACACUCACUACGCACAGUUGAGCUCGGUGUCGAAGAUUGCCAUGGUUCGCGUGAACGUAUGCAAAAUAAAGGCUCUCAAGAGGAGCCUCGACAAGAUUUGUGGCCCAGCGAUCGUGGCUUCCUCCGCCAGUCUGCUAGCGUUGCUCUGCCUGAACGUGUACAGAUCGUUCACUCUGGAUGUGCAUGAACUGGAACUCUGGUUGCCGAUCGUGUAUACUGUCUACUGUUGCCUCUGCUUAGUCGACAUGGCUUUUGUAAGCGACGACCUCGCAAAACAAGCGAGGAAGGUAAAGGACGCCGCCAAGACAGUGACCAUGCUGUACUCGCCAAAAGAAUAUUUUCAACAAGUACGGUAUCUUCACAAUACCAUCGAACCAGAGGAAAUGUGUUUCACCGGUUCCAACUUCUUUCGCCUUGACAGAGGACUUCUUCUUACGGUGACGGGCUCCGUAAUAACCUUUGCUGUGAUACUGAUGCAAACGGGUGGUGAUUUGAAACGCCGAAUGGGACUGCAGUGAAGCCAAAAACCGGCAAGACCAAGCGAAUGCCUCCACACGUUCACUCAAAGACUAUGAUUAAGGCGAAUUGUUGGAAGUGAAUAAAUGUGCAUGCAGUGCGCACAAAUGGAUGCCAUACGUGCAGGAACUCUCGCAUUACGUAGAAAAUGUACCAGGAAGGUGCGGCGCCUAUACGAUGCUUCAUUCUACGUGGAAGUCAAGCUUGUUCUGUCAUGCACUUGGAGGGCAGAACAGUUGGAGUUGCUGUUGGCUACGCAAAUGCAUAUACCUCAUCAUAAUUAGUGAAUUCUUUUCCGAUGUGGUCUGAUUUAUUUGAUUUACAUUACGUUAGUAAAGUUUACAUAGCCUGACGGAUUGUCGCGUUAACGCACGUCUCAGGGAGCUUGCGCAUGCAAUCGGAGUAAACCCUGGCCAUGUACGGCUGUGGUCGGAAGUGCGACCACAGUUUAAGGUAGGCGACGAAGCUGCUAUUCUGCCAAAGAGGACAGUCGACAAAAAAUAAAACAAAUGUAUUACGAGACUCCCUAAUGCGAAAUUUGAGCG